AUGAAAGGCCUGCCUGCAGAGAUUCACAACGCCGCAGCUGCCAUCAAAUUUGUUGGGUCAGAUGAUCCCAGCAUUGCGAUUAACUGGAGAUUUGCAGAGAGCAUUGCGAGUUUGAAAGCAUUUGAGGGGGCAAUGCUAAGUGUUCUCUUACAACGAAAAUAUGGGGUCAAGGCGCCGGAGAUUGUGGUUGAUACUGACCAUAGUCAGCUCUUUGUCAUGUCCGCGAUGAUCUGGACGCUUGAUCCAGAGGGUGAACCCAUCGAAUCCUCCUUCACGCUCGCUCGCGACGGUGGACGCUUCCUGGACUAUUUCCCUACUUGGGACACAAACAAGGCACAGGCCAACCUGUAUCGAUCCCUCUGCACUAAUGUGUAUAAGACGAAGGAUGACCGUUACUUCCAUUUGCACGGAAGUAUGAACCCAGAGCCAACCCUCACGAGCGUAGGUCUUCCGCCUUGGAUGCCGGAGCUUGACAAUAGUCCCCGUGAGGAUAUUGUCAAGUUUUAUCAGAAUCGUGUGAAAGAAUUCGAUUCCGCCGACCUCGAGGAUCUCGCAUCAGAGGUUCAUCGCCAAGCUGGAACCAUCUGUUGGACCUCCGAGGAGUAUUUUGCCAGCAAACACGGGCAGGCAAAUGGGAAAGUUGGGCUGUACGAGAUUCAUCACCACGCCAAUCCGAAGCAACAACCUAGCUGGUGGCCGCCUUCCCAAGAUACCAGUGCUACCAGACCUUUGGCAGGACUGAAAGUCGUUGACUUAACUCGAGUCAUCGCCGGUCCAGCCAUAAGUCGAGGUCUAGCCGAGAUGGGUGCCAGCGUUAUGAGAGUUGUUGCUCCCCACUUAUGCGACUUUUCCUUUGUGCACUGUGAUAUGAAUUGGGGAAAGUGGAACAGCUUUCUGGACCUGCGACUGGCGCAAGGCCAAGAUAGUCUGAGAGCUUUGAUCAAGGAUGCCGAUGUUGUUGUAACAGGCUAUCGCCCGGGCGUACUUGAUAAGUAUGGAUUUUCGGAAAAGGACAUUCUGAGAAUCGGCAGCGACCGCGGUCGUGGCAUCAUCUAUGCUCGCGAGAAUUGCUAUGGCUGGUACGGCCCAUGGGCGAAGCGCAGUGGGUGGCAGCAAAUCAGUGAUGCAAACUGCGGCGUCGCGAUGGAAUAUGGCCGCGGGAUGGGUCUUGAUGAGCCGGUCAUACCCGUUUUCCCCAAUUCGGAUUACUGCACGGGUGUCUGUGGCACUGCUGGAGUCCUGGAUGCUCUUCUGCGACGCGCCACUGACGGUGGAUCUUAUACCGUUGAUAUCGCCCUCAAUUACUACUCUCAAUGGCUAGUUCGCUCUGUCGGAACCUAUUCUGAAAAGGUCUGGCAGAAGCUUUGGUCGGACAAUGGCCGUCCUGUUUUCCGUCACUACCACACCAUGUUUGAUACGAUCCCAGCGCACGUGGAAUUGCUGAAGAAUAACAGUGGCGACCGCGUCUUUCACCCGCGUAACUUCCACGACCUCCACAGUCCUCAAUUGGGCAUUUCCGUCAGGGUUCCCAAACCUGUGCUCCAAUUCCCUAAGGGCACGGUGCAGCUAAAAUAUAAUGUGGGAACCCGGACUAAUGGUGUUGAUCAACCCAAGUGGCCGGAGGAUCUCAUGAUGGAAGUCGUGGUCUAA